GCGUCAAAUUGCAAUAAUGCGCGCUCUAUCACGUCGUCUACAUUAGCCAUUUCAGCCGUACCGAUAUUUCCCUUCUCCGAGUCUGGACUGGUGUUUUUGCGAAGCACAAGCCUUUUCUCAUGGCCUGGUGCUCCGCCACAUGAACCAUGCGCCCAUCCGCCUUCUCAUAGUGUGCGCCGUCUUUUCCCUUCCUUUUCCGGUCGUCCACUCCCCUUCCUUACGCUCCCCUCCCCUUCCACCGCCUUCCGACGGCAGUUUCUUCAACUCUGCUGGUGUUGUUCAGGGGGAUAAAUCCACACCGAUCGGAUUGUUUGGCUCUAACUACCCAUCCAUGUCUAAAGCCCGUGUUUAUGCUGAUGUCAAUGUUCUGCGCCCCAAGGACUAUUGGGAUUACGAAUCUCUUGCCGUUCAAUGGGGUGAUCAAGACGAUUAUGAGGUUGUCCGGAAAGUUGGAAGAGGAAAAUAUAGUGAGGUAUUUGAGGGAAUAAAUGUUAAUAACAACGAGCGGUGCAUAAUCAAGAUCCUUAAGCCUGUUAAAAAGAAGAAGAUAAAGAGAGAGAUAAAAAUACUUCAGAACCUCUGUGGGGGUCCAAACAUUGUCAAGCUUUUUGAUAUUGUCAGAGAUCAGCAUUCGAAAACACCCAGCUUGAUUUUUGAGUAUGUGAACAGCACAGAUUUCAAAGUACUUUAUCCAACACUGACUGAUUAUGACAUACGCUACUACAUAUAUGAGCUUUUGAAGGCAUUAGAUUAUUGCCAUUCUCAAGGGAUAAUGCACAGGGAUGUCAAACCUCACAACGUUAUGAUAGACCAUGAGUUGCGGAAACUUCGCUUGAUUGACUGGGGCCUUGCUGAAUUUUAUCAUCCUGGCAAGGAAUAUAAUGUUCGUGUGGCAUCAAGAUACUUUAAGGGUCCUGAAUUGUUGGUCGAUUUGCAAGAUUAUGAUUAUUCUUUGGACAUGUGGAGCCUUGGUUGCAUGUUUGCUGGAAUGAUUUUUCGCAAGGAACCUUUCUUUUAUGGCCAUGACAAUCAUGACCAGCUUUUAAAAAUUGCAAAGGUUCUUGGGACAGAUGAAUUGAAUGCAUAUUUGAACAAGUAUCAUCUAGAGCUCGAUCCUCAACUUGAUGCACUUGUUGGGAGGCACAGCAGGAGGCCGUGGUCUAAAUUUAUCAAUGCAGACAAUCAACAUCUUGUUUCUCCUGAGGCCAUUGAUUUUCUUGAUAAGCUUCUUCGAUAUGAUCACCAGGACCGGCUUACGGCAAGAGAAGCUAUGGCACAUCCAUAUUUCUCCCAAGUCCGGGCUGCUGAAAAUAGCAGGAUGCGCACACAGUAGAAAUACAUUAUCCCCGGAGUAUUUGCAUAAACUAAAUAGUAAUAUGGAGUAUGGGAUGUUUUAAAUAUCAGUGUUACUAAAGAAAUAUGAGCUGCCCUGUUGUAUUGUAGUUUAACAAACUUAAGCUAAAAAGGACUUCCAUAUUAUUUUGAAGUCGCUUUUCUUGUUCUGGAGAAACUAUAUAUUACGUGCAAAUUCUGAAGCAUGUCUUCCAAACU